AUGGUUCAAUCAAGCAACUGUACUGGAGUGGUAAGUUAUAGUCUAUAAGUUAUAUUUUGUGUUAUUUAAGCCUAUUAUGCUUAACUAUGAUAUUUUUUUCUUUAUUCUUUACUUAUCAUUAAAAACGUCAAAAAUCUGUAAUUUUUCAUUGAUUUUAACGUAUUUUUAAGCGUUUUUGAAUGGUUUUUGUUUCUUAAAACGGGAGUUUUUGCUUAUUUUAAAUGGUUUUGUUAACCACAACAAGUUUUUAAAAUAUUUGUUUAGUUUAAAGUAAAAAUGGUCUUUUUAGGUUGAUAUGAGUGGGGUAAACAGCCAGCAAGAACAAUGUGGACAACUACAACAAUGUCAAGCUUGUAUGCAUUUGGCACGGAAGCGUGUGGUAAGAUAUAGAAUAUAAAAACGUUUUUUUGCUUAAAAUUUGAAUUUUUGAAAAUUUUUUUAAAUUUGAAAAAUUAAAAUUCCAGGUCCAGCCCAACCAAAUUGCCCAAAGACAAAGCUAUGAAGAGGUCAUUAUCAACUUGAACAAGCGCCUUGAAGCCGAGCGUAACAAGGCCGAGAGCAGUCGCUUUAGCUACUUGAUGAUUCGUCUGGAAAAGCAAGAAUUGGAGAAGAAGCUAAAGAAGGCGACUACGGCCAAUGCUCAACUUGAGGCCAGGAUUACGGCAUUGUCCACUGAGUUGGAGUUGGAGAAGGACACUUCAAAGAUGUGUGUGGCUCACAUGAAUGAAGUCAGGUUGGGUGCAGCUGAAGCUGUCAGAUACUUGCAAAAGGCUUUGGAGAGGUAAAAGUUAUGUACUACUUUAAAAAAUAUUGUUUUGUAAAACUUAGUACCAUUUUUUUUAAAACAGUACUAGUUUUAUUAAAAAUAGAACCAUUUUUUAAAAAUGGUACUGAUUUUUAUAUAUUAGCACUGCUUUUACUAAGUUUAGUACUCGUUUUAUCAUAAAAGCAUUGUUUUGUCAAAUAUAGUACUAGUUCAUAAAGACUAGUACUAGACUAUUAAAAUUAGUACUAGUUUUUAAAAAUCGGUAACAGUUUUGAAAAUUCAAGGUUUUUUAGCAAACAAGUGCUCAUUACCGACUCGAGUGAUUCGUUUGCCAGCAUGAUUAAUACCUCAUUCCCAAACACCACCGCGACUUCAACUACGACUCUUGACAACACCACCGAAACCACCUCCACCAGGACUAGUCCAUCGCUCGAGCUGGUGUCAUUUGAUUCCAAUUCGGCUCAAACUCCACUAGCUCUUCGUUGUUCAUGCAAUCCUCAUUUGCAUGCUCCGGUCGAUGAACAGGCUGGGGUAAGGGUAAAAUUUGAAUUUUAAAUUUUUGAGAUUUUAAAAUUUUUAAUUUUAUUUAACUUUUGAAUUUUUUAAAAAUUGUGUUUUUUCGGAUAUUAAAAUUUUUAAUUUUAUUGGAAUUUUUUUUUGAAACGAAAUCACUUAUCAAUUUUAGCCUCCAAAGCCGGUAGUUCAAGAAACCAAAACCACCAAUACUGACACCUCCUCCACGUACACGUUGCAGCCUCGAAAACAGGUUCGGAAAAAGAAGCGCAACCAACUCCGCAACCCUCGCAACUUUUCGCCGCAAUGCCAUUGCACUUGUGUCUGUAGUUCCACCGCUUAA